GAAAAAAAAAAAACGAAAAACCCUAGAUGCGGUGGCACCGGCCAGGGAUAUCGUACCUCUGUGCCCUAAAACCCUACUUUCUCUGUAAGCCUUUCACCAUUACUAAAUGCACCAACAGGUCUUCUUCGAUUACAGUCAUGGCGAUGAAAUCCAUAGGCGAAUCAGAUGUCGGCAUUCUCAGUUACAUUUCUUCUCUCCCUGGUUUUCGCGGCAUUCUUAAGCAAAGGUAUUCUGACUUCAUUGUGAACGAAGUUGACACUGAUGGGAAUGUUGUUCAUUUGACGUCAUUGGAUGCUCCUCCAGAGAUUGUCUCAGAAAGCAAACCGAUGAAAGUUCACGGUACAAGUGAGAGUUAUGCUUCUGAAAUUGAAUUGUUUAGAUCUCUAGCUGGUGCUUCUGAUGCUGAGAUUUUGGAAGCUUUUCUUAAGCAAAUCAGCUCUGGUGUGGAUGACAGUAUUUCACCUAUUGUAUUUGCCCCAGAUACAGAUAAAUCUCAUCGAACGGCUGUUCACAAUUUCUUUAAGAAAUUUAAUUUCCUUGUGACCGAUACGGUUGAUGGACCUGAUUCUUCAUCAAAAUGUGUCCGUGUGAGAGUAGAUUCAGGAUUGCAGAAUAACCGAGGUCGGGUCUCUAAGAAACGAAAAGAAAGGGGUGAUAAACCCUUUGACAGUAGAGGAUCAGACAACUGGCCCGAACAUGUUGGCAAGUUUCUCAGGUUUCAUCUUUACAAGGAGAACAAAGACACACAAGAGGCAUUGGGACUUAUAGGGAAGAUGCUCGGUAUCCAGACGAGGUCUUUUGGUUUUGCUGGUACUAAAGAUAAGCGCGCCAUCACAACUCAAAGGGUAACUGUAUUUAAGCAACACGCAAGUAGAUUAGCUGCUCUUAAUGAUCGGUUGAUUGGUAUCAAGUUGGGUAACUUCAGCUAUAUCCAGGAAGGGCUUCUUCUUGGGCAGCUCCUGGGUAACAGGUUUACCAUCACCUUGCGAGGAGUUGUAGCAGAUAGUGAAGACACCAUCAAAGCAUCUGCUGAAGCUUUAGGAAGGCAUGGUUUUAUUAAUUACUUUGGCUUACAGCGUUUUGGAAGUGGUUCUGUACCAACUCAUCUCGUUGGAGCUUCACUUCUUAGAGGAGAGUGGAAGGGUGCUGUCAAUAUGAUUCUUGAUCCAAGAGAAGGGGAAACCAAUGUAAUUGCGGAGGCAAGAAACUACUACAAGGAAAGUAAUGAUAUUGAUGGGACGUUGAAGCAAUUACCUCGAUAUUUAGUAGCUGAAAGGGCAAUACUUCAAUGUUUGAAGAAGUGUCCUGGGAACUAUUUGCAGGCUCUUAAAGCUAUACCUAGAACUUUGAGAAUGAUGUAUGUGCAUAGUUACCAAAGCUAUUUAUGGAACCAUGCAGCAAGUAUGAGAGUGCAAAAAUACGGGAUUGACAAAGUGGUUGUUGGAGACUUAGUAUACUGCAAAGAAAACCACACUGCGACAGCUGCAGUUCAAAAAUCUGAAGAAAAUGUUGACGAGGACUGUGGUGAUGCUAAUACAUAUGAUUCUUGUCAUUUAGAGGAAAUAUGCACGCUAGAUCUUCCAACAGAAAGAAAUAAGCUCGUGAAGGCUGUUACUGCAGAAGAUGUCCAAAGUGGAAACUUCACUAUUGAUGAUGUUGUACUUCCCCUGCCUGGGUCAAGAGUAAUCUAUCCCACAAAUGAUAUUGCUGAAGUUUAUCAUGAUUUAGCUGCUAAGGAUUCAAUUAACUUGACGGAGACUAUUCAUAAUGUAAAGGAAUUUUCAAUUACCAAUAUGACUGGAAGCUACCGUAGCGUUUUUCAAAGACCAAAGGACUAUGAGUGGGAAUUGAUCUCAUAUGUUGAUCGUAAUUUACCCCUGGCAGAGAGUGAUUUAGAUAACCUUUUGAAGUCUCAAAGUGUUGAAAUUACCAAGGAAGAAAAAAUGCAUGAUAAAUCUAAAGAUGAAGAUUCAUUGGACUCCAUAGAACAAUCAGGGUCCUGUAAAAAGAGUAAUAAACUUCAAGCAAAUGAAAAUGAAAAUGGGGAAGCCGCUCAGGAUCCACAGAUGGCUCUUAAGUUGAGCUUUAAUCUCCCUACGUCAUCUUAUGCUACGAUGGCAAUUAGAGAAUUGCUGAAAACAUCAACUUCUGUUGCUUUCCACAAAGCUUUAAACGAGUGAUCACUUCGCCAUACAUGGAGACUGAUGGGAAUCCAGAGAAGUUCAAUAGGAACCAAAAGCUGUUUGCAGAGAGCCAACCUGAUGCCAAGUGCACUCUGUAGAUAGAAAUCAGAAGUUCUUAAUCUGCACAUAGGUUUCGACUUGUUCCAUUUGAGGGAGGUAGAUACAACUUUCGUUUCGACAUUCACUCGGAAAUGUUAUGGAAUGUCCAAGGACUUGAAUUGAAUUAAAUUAACAAGAGCAUGCAACGAAUGAUGAUACUGAUGUUUUCCCCCAUGGGCGUUGUAUUCAGGCAAUUUUUAAGUGCAUGAAAGGUCCCUUUAUGCUUAUUCCAUGUCAUACUUAGCGCAACAUUAUAUAUGCAUUAUUGCUUUAGAGCCCCUA